AUGUGAUUGGCCCGGGGCUGACCGGCGACGGCCGAACAAGUCCGGGGAGAGUAACCGUCCGCAAUGACGACCUGACACAACUCUUCGCACUCAACCACACCUCUCUCUCCUCGCCAUGCAGUCCCUCGUCGCCCGCUCGUCCGUCGUCCGCCCCAGCGUCCUCAGGUCGUCGGCGAGGACGUUCGCGACCUCGUCGGCACGCGCGCAGGCGGUUCCAACAGAGAAGCCGGUCUUGAACAAGGAGUUCAAGAUCUACCGCUGGAAUCCGGACGAGCCUGCAGCAAAGCCGAAGCUGCAGACGUACACCGUUGACCUUAACCAGUGCGGUCCCAUGAUUCUCGACGCACUUAUUAAGAUCAAGAACGAAACGGACCCCACACUCACUUUCCGCCGUUCAUGCCGUGAGGGCAUUUGCGGCUCCUGUGCCAUGAACAUCAACGGUCAGAAUACCCUCGCUUGCCUCUGCCGUAUCGACAGGAACGAAAGCAAGGAUACCAAGAUCUACCCUCUUCCUCACAUGUACAUUGUGAAGGACCUCGUCCCUGACUUGACGCUAUUCUACAAGCAAUACAAGUCGAUCGAGCCCUACCUCAAGAACGACAACCCACCCGCUGACCGCGAGUUCUUGCAGUCGCAGGAAGACCGUCGUAAACUUGACGGCAUGUAUGAGUGCAUCCUGUGUGCGUGCUGCUCGACGUCCUGCCCGAGUUACUGGUGGAACCAGGACGAGUACCUCGGUCCCGCGACCCUCAUGGCCGCCUACCGGUGGAUGGCAGACUCCCGGGACACGUAUUCGGCACAACGCAAGGAGAAAUUGCAGAACGAGAUGAGUCUGUACCGGUGCCACACUAUAUUCAACUGCGCCCGGACAUGCCCCAAGGGCCUGAACCCUGCUGCGGCCAUCGCGAAGAUCAAGCUAGAGCUUGCUGCCGAUUAGUUGGGCAUGCGCUUCGUUGGGUGAGGGUACGCACGGCUCUUCAUAUCCGAUAUCGAAACAUUGUCAGCGGAACUCACGCGCUUAUUGAUUGGCAGGUACACCGCAGUUCGAUGCUCGGUGCUGCAUAUCGUUAUUCAAGAGAGAUAUCACUGGUGUGGGGAGCGACGGGAGGUACCGAUGUACAGCUACGUGAUCAACGACGUUGUUUCUUAUAGCGAGCUUAUCGAUGAGUCGAUGGACUACAAUUCGAGGGAUCGAACUGUACGUGGAUUCGAAGGACGAGUAUAUAUGCCUCGAGGGG